AUUUUGUCGCAAAAACAUUCACUAUUAUUGUUGUUGAAUUGAAAUAAUGGAAGAAUCUAUCAAAUCUAGUUUUAAAGAGUUAGAUCAGUGGAUUGUUCUCUUAAUGCAAUGUAAACCCUUAACUGAAAAUCAAGUCAAAAUAUUAUGUGAAAAGGCAAAAGAAAUUUUAUCAAAAGAAUCAAAUGUGCAAGAUGUAUCUUGCCCUGUAACUGUUUGUGGUGAUGUACAUGGGCAGUUUCAUGAUUUAAUGGAAUUAUUUAGAAUAGGUGGUAACUCACCUGAUACAAAUUAUUUAUUUAUGGGUGAUUAUGUUGAUAGAGGAUACUAUUCAGUGGAGAGUGUUUCUUUAUUAGUAGCAUUAAAAGUUAGACAUAAAAAUAGAAUAACCAUUUUGAGAGGAAAUCACGAGAGUAGACAAAUCACACAAGUUUAUGGUUUCUAUGAUGAAUGUCUUCGAAAAUAUGGGAAUGCUAGUGUUUGGAAAUAUUUUACAGAUCUCUUUGACUAUUUACCAUUAACAGCAUUGGUUGAUGGACAGAUAUUUUGUUUACAUGGAGGAUUAUCACCAUCUAUUGAUACCUUAGAUAAUGUACGUUCUAUUGAUAGAAUACAAGAAGUCCCUCAUGAAGGGCCAAUGUGCGACUUAUUAUGGUCAGACCCUGAUGACAGAGGAGGGUGGGGUAUAUCACCUCGGGGUGCUGGUUAUACUUUUGGUCAAGAUAUUAGUGAGACAUUCAAUCACACAAAUGGGUUAACAUUGAUUUCCCGUGCUCAUCAAUUGGUUAUGGAGGGUUAUAAUUGGUGCCACGAUAAAAAUGUAGUCACUAUCUUUAGCGCCCCCAAUUACUGUUACAGAUGUGGUAAUCAAGCAGCUAUUAUGGAAUUGGACGAUUUACUAAAUUACUCCUUCUUGCAAUUCGACCCAGCUUCAAGAAGAGGCGAACCACAUGUUACCAGAAGAACACCAGAUUACUUUUUAUAAAAAUGUGGCGAACAUAAAAAGAGUGCAAAAAAAUGGAAUAUGCUGAUUUAAAUAUAAAAAAAAAAUUAUUACCCCAUCCCCCAUUUUAUACUAUUUCCAAAUGGAUAGAUUAUUGUUUAAAAAGUGAAAAUUUAAUUAUCUAUGAGAUCAUAAACGAUACUAGCAUUAUCUAUCAUAUAAAUAUUUAAAUGUUCUCAUAUUCAAAAAGCAGUGUAAUAUAUUUAAAUGCUUUCUUUGCACACAAUAUUUACGACAUUGUAAGUAACAGUCAAUACUAAAAAAUAGGUUUAAGAUGAUAUUGUAUUUUUCUUGGUGUUUUGUUCAACCUAUGUAUAUUAUAUAUAUUUUUUUAUUAAGUAAUUUAAUGUAUUUAUUUUCCUAUAUAUACCCCUACAUAAUGUAAAAUCGAUUUUCUUGUUCAUGUUUAAGAAAGUUAAUACAAAAAAUGUUUUAUAUUACAAUAAAGGCCUUUUUUUUAAAAAAAUAUACAAUAUAAUAUGUAUGAUCAAAUUUAUCAUAUACUUAUAAAUAUUUAAAUCCAAUCAAUAAACCCAAUAAGUAAAUUUGUGUUUCUUUAUUUUUUAUCAAUCGCUUUAAAUAUGUUUUUUGUAAAAAAAUACGGCUCAGUAAAAAGAAUGUAGAUACCUACAUGUACAAUGUAAAACAUAAUAUGAAAAAAAACGAAAUAAAUUA